CAAUCUCCUUAUCCCAACCAUCCACUGUCGUUCUUCAUGCAUGAGAUACUUGGCGGCUCAAACCCGUCGGCUGAAGCUGUGAGUGGCGUCGUCAGCAAUCCGGCAGUCAACGGUCAAGUCCCCUUCGCCAAGCCCAACGGAGCCGUCCUCCCAGUUAACAACGGCGUUCCCCAAAACAACGGAAUUAAUAUCAAUAACAACAACAUCCCCUUCCUCACCGGCCUCAGCGGAAACACUCCCAACGUUAUCCAAAACAACGGUAACAUUCCCAACGGGAUCAACGGGGCCCAGCUCCCCGCGGGAAUAACGCUCCAGAAGCUUAUGUUCGGGACAUUAUCGGUGUUUGAUAAUGAGCUGACCGAAGGGCAUGAGCUCGGAUCAGGUUUGGUCGGAAAGGCGCAGGGCUUUUACGUAGCAAGCUCGGAAGACGGAACCAGCCAGACCAUGGCUUUCACGACCAUGUUUGAGAGCGGUGGUUACGCCGACAGCCUCAGCUUCUUUGGGGUUCAUCGAAUUGCUGUGUCGGAAUCCCAGCUUGCUGUCAUGGGAGGAACUGGAAAGUAUGUCAACGCUAAGGGCUAUGCCACGGUGAAGACUUUUCCGGCUACAAACCAGCAAAAUAAUGGUGGAGUGGAGACUCUUCUGCAGUUCACUCUGUAUCUUACUUACUAG